AUGGAUAUAGAAAAUGCAAAAAAACACUUGAGUGAAUUACAAGAAGAGAGAAGAAAACAUAAAAUAAAUUUACCUGGAAUAUUGAAAAAUAAGAUUAUUAUAAAGGAAGAAGAGAAUAAUAUAAUAGGAGAAAAAGAAAAAGAAAUAUUGCAGAAUGUUUUUACACAUACAAUUAAAAAACCAAUAAUUAAAUUGUGUUAUGAAAAUAGUUCUUUAAACAAUUCUACAAGAAAGAAAUUAAAUGACACCUAUUCUACAAAAAUAUCAACAGAAAUCUCUAGUUGUGAUUAUACUGGAAAUUCUUUUCUAAAAGAAAUGAUAGAUAUUUAUAAGUGUGAUAAUAUUUUGAAUAUAGGGAUUCUAUUAACAGGAAUUCAAGCACCAGGGGGUCAUAAUAUUAUUUGUUCCGUUUUAGACAACUUAAAAAAGAAAAAUAAAAAAAACAUUUUAUACGGUUUUUUAAAUGGUUUUGAAGGAUUAAAAAAAUAUGAUCUAAUGGAAUUAAAAAAUGAAUAUAUAAGCAUGUUUAGAAAUAUUGGUGGAUUUGAUAUGAUAAAAAGUAGCAAAUUUAAUAUGUCUAGUGAAAUUGAUAAAAAGAAAUGCUUUAAAAUUUGUAGACAUUUAAAUUUGAACGGGUUAAUCAUUGUUGGAGGAGUUAAAAGCAAUAAUAAAAUUGCCUUAUUAGCAGAAUAUUUUGAAAAUAUUUACAAUUUAGCUAAUGAAAAGAUUAAAAAGAAGAAAAUGAGCAAAAUGAAAACAGAAAAAUUAGAUAAUGAUACUGAGAAAGAAGACUAUGAGAAUGAUAUGCUUAAUAAUAUUGAAAAUGAAGAAGAUAUAGAAAAAGAUGUAACCUAUGAAAUAGUAAGUGAUUUAAGUGAUGAAGAAAUAAAAAGGAAAUUUCCUAGACAAAAAAAAAAACUUAUAAGAACUGCAAUAGUAAGCGCACCGAAAUCUGUAUAUAACGAAUUGAAGAAUGAAUAUAUUGAAUGCUCGUUAGGUUUUGAUACUACAGUAUUUAGUUACUGUCAAUACAUAAGCUAUUUGAUGUCACAUAUGCAGACAUAUUUAAAAGGAUAUCAUUUUGUAAAAAUUCUAGGGAAUUCUUCAAGUCAUAUAGCAUUGGAAUGUUUCCUACAAACAAAAGCAAAUGUAGUCUUAGUAAGUGAAGAAAUAAAAAAAAAAAAGUUAACGUUAAAAGAUAUUACUCAUUUUAUUGUUGAUGUUAUUAAGACAAGAUAUAAACAUCACGGCAAAAAAUAUGGAAUAAUAAUAAUACCAGAAGGACUACUAAGCAAGGUUAUGGAAUUCAAAACAUUAGUAAAUUCUAUCUUGCAAAUUAAGAAAGAACAUAUAAAAAAUAAGAUAAAUAACUUGCUUGAAAUAAAGAAUAUUUUAAGUAAUAAUUUAAUUAAAGAUCAUUACGAAUUAUUUCUUUCAUUUCCUCAAUUUUUUCAAAAUCAUAUGCUAAUGGAAGCUCUUUCUUCUGAGCCUUUUCAAUACUCUCGUUUAAAUGUGGAAGAAUUAUUACUCUAUUUUGUUAAAAAAAAAAUAGAAGAUGAAAAAGAAAUAGACGAUUUAGAAUUUAUUCCUCACUCAUAUGGGAGUGAAGUUACUUGUUCUUUACCUACAAAUUUUGAUUGUGCUUACAGUUAUAUAUUAGGAUUUAGUUGUGUUGAAAUAAUAGAAAAAAAAUAUAACGGUUAUGCUUGUGUUAUUAAAAAUUUGAAGGAUUUGUUAUCUAAUGUAGAUAGUAUAAAAAUAUUUGGAAUACCAAUAUGUAGUUUAAUGCGCAUUAAGAACAAAAAUAAUAUAGAAAAUGAAAAAGAAUUUUCUAUAAAAAGGAGAAAAGUAGAUUUGAAUAACGAUUAUUUUUUAAAGUACAAAAAAUAUCGUUCUAAUUAUUUAUAUGAAGACAACUAUAGAGUACUAAGUGGAAUUCAAUAUGAUCAUAACCUACCUAUAGAGCAUAAUGAUUCUGUAUAUUCUUCUAAAAAAAUGAAUGGUUUUUUUAUUGAUUAUAUGAAUCUCAAUUUGAAACAAAAUAAUACAUUUAAUCAAAUAAAUUUUACUAUAUCUGGAUUAAAAAAUGAUUACUUGGAAUUAGACAAAAAUAAAAAUGAAAAUAAAAGUAGAUGCAAUUGCAAUUAUUACAAAUGUUAUGAUGUUCUAUCGGAAAUUGAAAGAAUAUUAAUAAAAUCUGUUAUAAAAUUUAACACUAUUUUGGUAAGACAUAACACAAGAAUUACCUAUAUUAAUAAUAGUUUCGAAAACAAAUUAAAUUAUGAUUCUUUUCUUCAUAUUAAUAAGAUUAAAGAAUUUUAUAUGAUACAGGAUCAUUCUCUAAAUUUAAAACAAAAUACUAGGAUAUCGACGUAUUCUAAAAACAUAGGAGUUGUAUUACUUUCUCACUGCACACCAGGUAGUAAUAAUAUAUUAGUUGGCUUACAUCAAAGAUUAUCUAUUAAUAAUUUCAAGUUAAUUGGAUUUAUGGGAGGUUUAAGAGGAUUAUUAAAUAAUGAUAUAUGUAUAAUUAAUGAUAAUAAUUUAAAGAAUUCAACAAAUUUAGGUGGGUUUCCACUAUUAGGAGCUAAUUUAGAAUAUCGUAAAAGUGAUUUUGAAAAAUUAUAUAUUUAUGAUUUGAUAAAAGAAGAGUAUGUUAACAAAAUAAUUGAAAAUUGUAGAAAGAAUAACAUUUCUAAUUUAGUUUUUAUAGGUGAUGAAAAAGUAAUAUCAAUUAUGAAUAUACUAAAUGACAUUUUUAUAAAUAAAAAAGUGAAUAUAAAAAUUAUAACUGUUCCUACUUCUUUAUAUAAUAGUUUUGAUAAAAAUUUAAUUGAAUGUAGUAUUGGCUAUCAUUCAAUGGUCUGUAAUAUAAGUGAUAUUAUAAGUAAUUUACAAAGUAAUUGCUUAAAUUUAAAUAAAUAUUAUUAUUUUAUAAAAGUGCAUACCAAUAUUUCAUCCUCCUUAAUAUUAUCCAUUCAAUUAGAAACACAUUGUAAUAUAUGUUAUAUUGGCGAAUGUGUAGCAAAUCAAUUAACUAAAUUAAGUACAAUUAUUGAAAAUAUUUCUUUAAUUAUAAUAGAGAGAAUUAAUAGAAUGAAAUAUUUCGGUAUAAUACUAUUCAGUUCUAAUUUAAUAUACUGUAUUAAUGAUUUUUAUGAAUUAUGUAAAGAUAUAGAUGAUAAUAUAGAAUCUACCGAGGAAUUAGACGAAAUCAUAAAUAAUGUUGUAAUACCAGAAAAGUAUGAAAAAAUUUUAAAAAAAGAAAGUAUAGAAAUAUUAAAAAUAUGUACUCGUUCAGUUAAAGAUAAGUUAUUAAAAAAAGAAAAAAGAGAAAAUGAGGAUAUAGACUCAAAUUUUGAAUUAAUGUUAAUUAAUGGAAUAAAAAAAUAUAUAAAAGAAUUAAUGGAAAAAUCAAAAGAAAAUAAUGAGCUUUAUUCUUAUAAAAAACAUAUGAAUACAUUAUCAAGUCAAAUAACAAUAAAAAACAUAAAAGUAUAUAGUGAUAUAGAUUAUAUAUCACAUUUUCAAACAAUAAAUAAAAAUAUUGAUAGAGAAAUCAAUUGUUAUUUCCCAACUCAUUUCGAUAAUUCAUUAGCAUUUUCUCAUGGUUUAUUGGCAGGGAUUGCUGUUGAAAAUGAUUUAAUUAAUUACGUUACAUCAAUUAGGCAUUUGAAUUUAAAUAAAAACAAUUGGAGUAGUUCGCUAUAUCCUGGUUUUUAUUUUAUAAAUAAUAAAGAUAAUAAUGGGCAUUUUAAUAAAUAUCCUUACGUUGCUCCAGUUCCUAUUUCAGUAAAGUCAAGCCAAAUGGCUACUAUUAAACAUAAUGCAAAUACAUGGGCAUACAGUGACAGUUAUAUUUAUGUUGGGCCAGUUCAAUAUGGUGUAAACCCAGAUAGUAUUGGAUGCUCCCAUAUAUUUUGA